CAGCCCGCUUGAUAAUCACGAUAAUUUUAUCAAGUAAUAAACAAGCGAAAAAUCCAUAACCGAUUGUCAAUAACACGAUGAUGACAAUCGUAUACCGACGAAUCAUACACUGCGGAAUUAUCACUCAACAAGCAGCCUUCACAGCACUCGCAACUCGCGCAACACUCGCGGCUGCGUUCAGAUCGUUCAGGAUUGAAGGCAAACUUCAACUACUGCUUCGAGCUUCAAGUAGUAGCCAUACCAGCCAUACUAGCUAUCGCGCAGCAAAUGUGACUUGUAGCGUUUUCGAUCAGUGCCAGUACUAGUCUUCUUCAAUUCCCAUCGAUCGAGAGCCGCCGUUCUCUACGCGAUUCCGCGAGUACCGGUGAUUAGAGUAAACUCUACUCGUCGACGACGCCGGAGGGCAACCAGGAGCAACGACGUAGGACCCACCAGAAGGCCGGCUCUGUCCUUAUCUCCUCACUCUCUUUUUCUCGCGCAAGCGAGCCAUUCAAACGCAAAUUCAAUCUCGUCGAUAACGGCAGCGAGGAACCUUCACGUAUCGUGACACGUAUCGGGUUGCUCCCGGGUAGGAAGGGCGAUCCAUCUGUCUCGAAUCUCGGCUCCCUCGAGCGGAGGAUUUUCACGCUAGAAAGCGGCCGUCCAGCAGGGCGAUACCAUCUUAUAUGACUUUACUUCGACAACGAGAAACAUCCAGGAUAUCAUCCAGAGGGAAAGGAUCGGCGUGUAGCAAAGGCGGCGGCGAUAGUAGAACAUUAUUAUCCGACUGGCGAUCAUCAAACGGCAACACCAUCACUACCCACGACCGUUUGUUUUCGUGCGACGAGUUAACCGGCGAGUUAACGUCGACAUCAUUACCAACCUGGUACCACAGAUUGCCAGGCUUUCUUAAGGCGACCAGCGACGGACAGGCAGCGUGUAUGAUCAUUGAGGACUACCCCCCUACCCCGCCCGCCACCGCCAAACCGAGGCAACACCCGAGGCAUCAAGAUACCACCCAACGAUUCCUAAAUCUUCAUCUGGUCCUGCCCAAGCACAGGACCUCAAAAUUUUCCAGUAAUAGGCAUCGGAAGCUUCAGCCAUUCAGAGAAACGUGACUGGCGUCAGCGGGUAGCGGCGCGGCACGCCUUACCGCU